CUCUGACGUUGCUCCCCGAAAAGCCGAAAGAUUGGCCUUUUAAAAGAAAAAAAAAAACAACAACAUAACAAACAACACACCGACUCCCCGCCGGGAAGCGAGGAGAUGCCGGCCGGCGGAGAAACCGUCCCGGGAGCGGCUGGAGGCGGCCGCCCGGAGGGUCGGUGAAGGCGGGAUGGAGGGGGCCGGGCUCCCCCGGGAAGAAGGAGGAGGAGGAGGAGGAGGAAGAAGAGACCAAGACCAAGGCGACUUCGUGGCUGUCCUCCCCCCGGAGGUCAGCUGUCGGAUUUUCGGCGACCUGGACGUGGAGAGCCUGUGCCGGGCGGCCGCUACCUGCAAAGGCUGGCACCGCGCCAUCGAGGGCAACGAGCGGCUGUGGCGGCACCACUGCCUCAGCGUCAGGGCCGUCUGCCGCCGGGAGAUCGACGGCGACCGCGGGAACGGCUACUCCUGGAAGAUCACCUUACUGAGAAACUACUGGAAAAGCAAAGUGAAGCAAGAAUGGCUGAGCGGGAAGUACAGCAACGUUCCUUCACAGAACAGCUUGCCAGAGAAAAGCAUGUAUCCGAUGGACGUCGACACGUGGGGAGAAAUCCUGGAAGCAGAACUUGAGAGAUGAGAAACCAGUGCUGGUUCUUGCAACUCAGGAACCUUUUAUGGAGGACUCACAGACUGCCAAACUGUAAAUAUUUUGCCGUUCAAAAUCAGUUGUGUUUGCAAACAUAUGAUGAAAGUUUUUAAAAACGCCCUGUCAUGUCUAUUUUUUUUUUUAAUUUGCACUUUAUCUGAUUAAUUUUCUGUAAAAUUCUAAAUAAGACUCAAUCUUCAGUUGUAAUUUUAUAUUUAUAAAUUUAAUGUUCUGCUGUAUUGUCAAAAAGAUAUUGAUUGUACUUUCAGUUUGCACUUAUUGUUUUGGAAGACAUUACUUUUAAGAAAAAAAAAAAAAGAA